AAUGCAUGAGAAAGUUCUUUAGCGAUGGAGGAGAGUCCAAGUGUGAAAGACUUGCAGAAGGUUCUGUUUGGAGGCAAACGCUUUGGAAAUCAUGUGGAUGAAGUUUGGCCCGGCCUGUUCCUUGGUGACAUGUCAGCAGCCAACGAUCGCUACUGCGUGUGGAAGCUGGGAAUCACGCACGUGGUGAACGCAGCGCACGGCAGCAAGUACAGUCAGGGCAGCAGACACUUCUACGGAGACGCCGUGGAUUAUUACGGCAUGCCAGCCGAAGACUCGCCCACCUUUGACCUCUCGCCCUAUUUCUAUCCAUGUGCAGAGUACAUCCACAGCGCUCUUGGCACGUCCUGUGCUGGUGUUUUGGUCCACUGUGCUGUGGGGGUGAGCCGGUCAGCGUCCCUGGUGCUGGCGUACCUAAUGAUCUGGCACGGCUACACGCUGCUGGAGGCCAUACGGAAGGUCAAAGAGCGCCGGUGGAUUUUCCCCAAUAAAGGAUUCCUCAAGCAGCUUUGCCUUUUACAAGUCAAACUACAACAGUCUUAG